AUGGCGUUUAUUAGUAGAAAGUCAAUCUUUGUGAAGCUCAUCAUCUUCUCUCUGCUAAUUCUUCUUCCUUUAUCACAAGCUGCUCGCAUCCCUUCGAUCCCGAGAGGUCCUAUAAGCCCGACACGACCAAUUUGCCCGGCUUGUGUGUGUUGCGAGCCAGCGCCACUAGGACGUUGCUGCAGAUGUUGUGCAUCUCCUAUCGUCAAUCAAACUCAUCACCACUCUCAAUCCCCAUGA